AUAUCACAAAGGAGAAAGAAGACACGACUUUCCAUUCAAAGUAAACUUCCACUUUAUACUUUAUACUGUAGCCUAACUAACUGUAAAGAUGAUCGGUAGAGACGUUGCAUUAGAAGCUUUGGGCGCACUCCUCAAUGCCAAUGUAACUACUCAUCAAAACGUACAACCAGCUGCUUACCCCAGAUCUGGCUAUGGAGGAGCAGCACCACAGCAGCUGUUCAUCAAGAAUUUCAUCACUACAAUCUUGGAUGCAGAUGAUUGCUGCGAGGUGUCAAAAUCCAACUUUGUCCGCCUCCGAAGAUCCUUGCAAGAUGGUGCACAGGUGGUGGGCACUGCCCCAGCGAACUACGUGGAAAUUACAACAGUAACAGGAAGAAGUCACUUCAUCGAUGAGAAUGAAUUCUAUGAUCCACAAUUCGACUACGAUUUCACCAAUUUGAGAGACACCGAGACCUAUUACAGAGGUGGAGAGGUGUAUGAACGCCCAUGUGGUUGGCAGCGUUUUGCCCUCAGGGUCCUGAAUAAUUAUGAUGGAAAUACCUGGCUGGGAACCCGAUACCGCAGCACAGAGUCAGUGCCAGGAGAGUGGCCUGUGUCCUACCAUGGGACAUCCAAGGCAGGUGCUGAUGGCAUCAUCGAAGGAUUCUACAAGCCAGGAACAGGUCAGGCGUAUGGCAGGGGGGUUUACUCUACUCCAUUCAUCGCUGAAGCAAUCCCAUAUGCCAAAACAUUUACCUCCCAAAAGACGGGCAAGAAAUACCAAGUGAUUCUGCAGAAUCGUAUCAACCCCGGAUACAGAGAGAAACACAACAACGGCAAGUACUGGCUGGUUCCCAUCGCCCAAGGAACAUCAGCAACCGAAGAGCAGAAGAUGGUAGAAAGGGCCAUCCGUCCUUAUGGCCUUCUGGUGAGAGAGGUCUAACAGGGCGAGAAAGGUCACAAGAAAACCUACAAAUUUGUUUUGUUAGCUUCAUUUUGAAAAUCCAGCGCUGUGUUGUCUUUAAAGCAUAAACUGUAUCAGCUAGUCCAAGCAAAAUAGUCUGAUGUUGUCAAAAAUAAUGAUGUCUCAUUUGAAUAUAUAGAUGAAUGUGUAAAAUAUGAAUUUCCUGACCUAUAAAUUUCUUCUUCCUUUGUUCCAUUUUAAAAAAUCCAUUUUGCAUUUAAUAAACACAAUUUAAAACAGA